GUUUAUUCAUAUGACUAUGACAUCCCAAAAACCUUCCACAAUGAGCUGCGAUGUGUUGCACAAAGAAGCUGCUACCCAAAGAUUGAACCCUGGUUUAGAGUGACGAUGCUGACUUCAAUGAAAGGACGUGGUUUCUCCAGCUUUGCGAAAUACACACGUUUUAGGGACGAUCUUUACUCCGGCCUUAUUGGAAACUAUCUGAAGCAGAAUCUGUAUGUCAAGAGUUGGGGAAAGAUGCAUGACCCUCUGCCUUCUAACUGCAGUGUCCCUUAUUAUGUGUACAAUGUGAACGAAGUAAGGCUGGAGGGGAAGCCCAUCAGUGAUACUGUAGAUCACUCCAAGUGGUGUGUGACGCUUGUUGGUGGCUGGACCUGCAUUGCUGAUUUGAACAGAGAAGUUAGUCAGAUGAAAAGAGGUGGCGGUGCAAUAUGCACCAGUGAUGAUGCAGUUGGGAGGGCUUUCUACGGACUGAUCACACACUACGAACCCUGUGAGCCUCCACGUUCUGACGCUCAACACAGAGAGCUUUAAAGCCACCACAAAAUGUAGAUGAAACACCACUAAAUUUCCAGACACCAUGUUUUGGUGUAUGGCCUAUUAACCCCUGUCUUUUGUGUUCAGUAUUAUGCAUUUUUAUCAAUGAAAAACUGCAAUGUUUUUAUUUUCAAAAUCACAUCUUAAGCAUUAACUUCUACACAAAUAGUCUAUUAAUAAAAAAAAUUCAAUAAUGAAAAUGAAAGAAAUUGAAAUGACACAAAAUUAAAACAAUUAAAGUCUCAAAGCUAGAUUUUGAAAGGAGGACCCUCUUCAAGACAGGGUAUUAAGGCAGGCCCCACCCUAAGGCCUUUAUCACAUCAAUUGAUAAUGUGCUUUAGUAGUGUAUAUUCCUGCACACGUUUUCAGCUAAAUCUUCACAAACAAGCUGACACACACCAUACCCAGAGCAGUUUGGGCCCCUGAAACUUUAAAUUCAUAGUUCCCAGGACUACUUUGUCCUGAGAGAAGCAAAAAAAAAGAACAACAUAACAAAUAAGACCAUAAUGGAGCCAUCAAACUAGCACCUGAGAAGUUAAAUCUGCUUUGUUCAACCAAUCAAGAGCUCAGAGGCUCCAACUCCUGCACUAUGUCCUUCCAUAUUCCUUAAUUCUUAGCAGGUUUUGAGUAUGUGUUCACAUAAAAUAACAAAUACUCACAGAAGUCACUGUACAUACUAAAAUCAUACUGAUGCUAAAAACUCUUGAUUUUUGAUUGUGCUGUUGAUGGAGAGUAUGGUCCCGCCAUCUUAAGUACUGUGAAGAGGUUUUUAGUUCCUCCAGUGUGUUCAUAAAAGCAAUCAGCACGAUCAAAUAACAAACACUGAUAUUAUGAUUGUUAUCACAUAAAGUGACUGUAUUGUUGUAUCAUGUUGUAUCAAGGUCAGAAUACAAUCUUCAUGAAAUCUGAAAA